CUGUAACGGCAUCCGCAUGCCAUGGAUAACCCCUUAGUUAUUUUUAGUCAUCUCAUUACGUCACCAAUCAAUGUAACGCUAGCGAUCACGUGACCUUAGCUUUAUAAAUGCAGCAAACUUGUAAAGCCCCUAAGGCUCACAGAAAUUCGACGGGUUCACACGGGUUUAAGUUAGCGCCGCCCUAGGCCAAACUCGCUGUAAAGCUUACCAAGUUCUUACACGCAAUAAAACCCUAGCCUUGUGGAAUUUGUGAGUACUUCAUCAAAGUUUCCCGGAUCUCUCCGCCACGCGGAGCUGACGCCGCUACAGUCGAAUUUCUGUUGGAAAGCUGAAUCCCUGCCGAUUCAAGCAAGUCCUCAGUCAAGUCAAGUCCAAGUCAAGCUUCCCUGAAGCUCUAAGCCCAUCAAAGGAGAAAAGGCCAGUCAAGUCCGCCGACCCCUAGACCCGAACCGCCCAUCCGAAAACCGUAAGUCCGUUCCACUUUUUCUACUAAUUUCGAAAAUUUGGUUCAACUACAACCGGAUACGCAGAGAUUUCACAACAAAGGAAUGCUCUCUGCAUUACACAAAAGUCAAAAGUUUCAAACCACAUGAAGACAGAAAAUUUUGAAGUCAUUCUCAAUUAGAAUUCACAAACUGAUUAAUCAUCUACUGGUUUCUUCAGUAUAUUGCCAUUAUUCUACGUCGUCUGUUCGUUAAUACAAAAAAAAUAAAAAAACUUUGUGUGACUUAUCAUCUUGCCGCUCGCCGCGACCAUCUACAAUAAGAAUUUAAGAAUGGCCGAACGCCCCAAUGCGCCCGCCCCAAUCAGCGAAAAUAUCCCCGAGAACAUUGAGAGUUUUUCAGAAAAUAUAAUUCCCCAUCAGUCGGUAGAGCCCGAAACUACAACGUUAAGAUCACGUACCAUGACCGAAAAGGGUUUAGAGUACGCAAAGGAACUUAAAGCAAAAACCGCAAAAGCCGCGACCGACCAUUUCCGGCAAGUCAUAUCCGAUUUCCUGGCACAUUUAAGCUCAUCAAAUAAUAAAGACCAAAUAUUGAAAGAACUUAGUCAUUGCAAUGCCCUAGCAGAAAGCGCAACAACGAAAUUAAACGACUUCUACGAUCUCAUAAAAGAAACGCCAGAUUCACAAGAAGUGGCCGAUUCACAGUUAGAUAUCCAUCAGUCGAUUAAUGAGGCUAAGAAAAUAGCCCAUGAGAAGAUAACAACUCUCGAGUACCAAGCUGACAAAAUGUCAGUAAUUUCCUCUGCGUCACACUCUUCACGGAGAUCAUCAAAAAGCUCGAAAUCCGCAAGAGAUACUUUAAUAGACGUGCGAGCAAAGCGUGCUGCCUUAGAAGAAAAGAUCAAAUUUAAUAAUUCAAUCUUGGAACAGGAACAAAAACUAGCAAAUCUUAAACUGCAACAAGAAUUAAAUGCAACAAAAGCCGAAGAGGCCGUUUAUAAAGAAGCGAUCUCGCUAGAAGAGUUUGAACUGCCUAUCGAGAAAGAGAAUUUAAUAAGCCGUUUCCUGUCCGAGGCACAAACAACCAAACCUGUUAUCACAGAUCCGAUCCAAAGUUGCUUAUCUCCCUUUAACUUUCCUAACACCGAAAGUUCUCUCGUAUACACUAAACCGCAGCGACCCCUUACCGCCAACACGUUCGUGACCUUUCAGACCACUCAAGUACCUGAGAAUCGUCCCUUCAUCAGCCAAUCCCAAACAAACCCGCCAUCAACACUUACCGCUUGGCACAACGCACAAGAGUUUACGCCGAAAAGCUCCACUGUCUAUCAGGAAAUUCAAAAUGCACAGCCAAUGUCACACAACCAAAAUGUGCAGUCAUCUGACCCGUCACGCCAUUACAAUGGGAUACCGAAUCAAAGCGUCACACAGUCCUACCAACAGCCCUUGCAGACAGAUAGCGUCAAACAAAUAGCCGAAGCCCUUGCUAAAGUCACACAACUCCAGCGCUUGCCGCAAGCUAAGCCAGACAUCUUCACCGGGGAAGGGCCCCACACGAAAUUCUUUAUCUGGGAAACAGCGUUUGAUGCAUUAAUAGACACUGCCCCGGUGAGCGCGCAGCAAAAGCUUUAUUUAUUGUAUCAACAUCUCGGCGGCAAGGCUAAAGUAGUAGUAGAGCAAUUACAGUACAUGGUUGGCGCAGAUCCCGACACUGCCUACCGUGAAGCUAGAAAUAAGCUGAGAAACCGCUUCGGACGCCCAGAUAUAAUAGCGACAGAAUUUGAAACAAAACUAACAAAUUGGCCAAAGAUAGCGCCUAACGAUGGAAAGGGGCUACGCGAAUUUAGUGACUUUCUGUAUCAAGUGCAAGUUGCCAGCGCGCACAUGUCAGCCCUUAAGAUUUAUGAGUUCCCUUCAAAAAUACAGUCCCUAGUAGAAAAACUCCCGGGAUGGUUCGCGACAAAAUGGUCAAUCAAAGUGCAAGCACUACAACAGGAAAGGGGGUACAGCGCGUUUCCUAGCUUUAGUGAUCUCGUCACAGAAGUAUGUUUUCACGCCGAGCGAAUGAACAUUCCUCAACUCACACCGACCAAGCACUCUAGCACUCCAACUCCCAUACAAACGCACCGCAAGCCACAAGAGCGCAUUCACAAUGUACUCCUAACUAAAACCGAGGCCCAAAAGAAGGAAGCAUUGGUUAAACACACAGAAAAAAAGGUCUGCCCGUACCAUAACAACGCAGCGUCGCACAACCUAACUGAAUGUAAAAGGUUCAAAGAACUCCUAUAUGAAGAAAGGCUAGAGUUCCUAAAAUCAAAUGGGCUAUGUUUUAAAUGCACAGGAAAACACUUUCGUAAAGACUGUGAAGAAACUCCUCCCCGAUGCGAGGCCUGCAACAAGAACCACCUAACUUUGCUUCACGAAGACAGAAGCGCCCCCGCUAAACCUGCACCCCCUAGCCCCCCAGAAGCAUCAGCAACAUGCACACAAGUCUGCGGAGGGGAGGGGACCGGUAGGUCGUGCGCCCGAAUAGUCCUUGUCAACCUCACACAUGAGUCACAGCCACACAAAAAACAGCUCACAUACGCCGUCCUCGAUGAUCAAUCGACAGACGUAUUCAUCACGGAUAGUCUAUCAAGAUUGCUAGGAAUAACAGCACCGGAGCUCGACCUAAAGGUCAAUACUAUAAUCGGCUUCAACACAAUUCGUACAAAAAAGAUAACUGGUCUACGAAUUCAAGAUAUCAAAAACGAACACGCGCACGUCAGGAUUCCGUAUGCAUACACACGCGAGUACAUCCCCGCCGCACAAAGCGAUAUCGCUAGUCCCGAAGUAGCGAAGCAGUGGACCCACCUCGCACCCAUCGUAGACCAGAUCGCAUACAGACCGGACAUAGAAAUCGGACUACUCAUCGGUCGAAACGUCCCGGCGGCCUUCCAACCAACUGAAGUGAUAGCAGGAAGCCCUGAAGAGCCAUGGGCCGAGAAGUACAAGUUUGGUUGGACGGUAAUCGGUCGAGUGUGCAAAGACAGAGAUGAUGACGUGACAGCUCGUGUGAAUUGUGUGACGGUAGAGAGAGAAGUCCUACUCGAGCACAACGCUUCAAGCCAUACUACCGUACAGCCGCCCUUCGUCCGCACGACACCAUCCAAAGACAUGACAAGCCCGCAGCAAAUACGCCAAAUGAUGGAGCUUGACUACACAGAACUCCACCACGACCGAAGUAAACAAAGACAAGGAAAAACAGAAUCAAGAGAGGACAUACAGUUUAACAAUAUAAUGGAGAUAGGUCUACACAAGAACGAGAAUGGAAACUGGGAGGCACCCCUACCAUUCAGAGCAAACGAGGUACACCUACCAGACAACAAGAAGCACUGUCUACACAGGCUCCUCUCACUCAAACGGAAACUUCUUGGUAAUGACAAGCUUAGAAACGAUUACAUCGCCUUCAUGAAAAAGGUUAUUGACCGUGGUCACGCAAGCCGAGUCCCCGUCGACCAGUUGCGUACAUCCCCUGGCAAAGUGUGGUUUCUCCCCCACUUCAAUGUACAGCACCCUCGCAAGAAAGACCUCCGCGUGGUGUUCGACUGCAGUUCAGUAUACGAGAACGAGUCCCUAAACAAGAACUUAUUACAAGGACCCGACCAGCUGAACUCACUCAUCGGCGUCCUCAUGCGCUUCCGAAAAGAAGAAGUAGCCUUUACCUGUGACAUCGAGCAAAUGUUCCACAGUUUCUAUGUUAAUCCGGAGCACAGAGAUUUCCUGCGCUUCCUGUGGUUCGAAGACAGCGACUUAACCAAGCCAAUAGUAGAGUUCCGCAUGGACGUGCACCUGUUCGGCGCAGCAUCGUCGCCCGCGGUCGCAAACUACUGUCUUCACCAGACUGCAGAAACAGGCAGAGAAAAGCACGGAGAUGACGCAGCAGAGUUCGUACGCCGAAACUUCUACGUGGACGAUGGUCUCAAGUCCCUUCCCACAACAGAACAGGCCGUGCGCACUAUCAAAGCCACACAAGCAAUGUGCGCGGACGCGAACCUGCGACUCCAUAAAUUUGCCAGCAACAGUAAGGAAGUUUUAGAAGCACUACACCCUGAGGAUCGAGCCAAAGACCUCAAAGACCUAGACCUCAACCACGACAGCCUACCAGUCCAAAGAUCGCUCGGUACUUACUGGUGUAUAGAGUCGGAUACACUAGGAUUUCGUAUCGAGCUAAGAGACAAGCCUCUUACAAGACGCGGUAUACUCUCCACCGUCAGUUCAGUGUACGACCCCUUAGGAGCCGUGUCCCCCGUCAUCCUUACCGGGAAACAGAUUCUACAGGAGCUCUGCAGUACCCAUACAGACUGGGACGAGCCCCUCCCCGAAGACAUCCGACCACGCUGGGAAAAAUGGCGCACAGAGUUACCGCUUCUCGAGAACCUCAAGUUCCCCCGAUGUCUCAAGCCUCCUAACUUUGGCACUCUGACUUCUACUCAAGUCUGCAACUUCUCAGAUGCUUGCCACAACGGAAUCGGACAAGUCUCAUACCUACGCAUGGUUAACGAGAAAGGAGAAGUCCACGUAAGCUUUCUAAUGGCAAAGUCUCGAGUGGCACCCCUCAAACAAAUCACAAUACCCCGGCUGGAACUCACGGCAGCAGUAAUAUCCGUGAACGUUUCAAGCAUGGUCGAGCUUGAGCUAGACCUACAACCCACACCACAGCGCCUCUAUUACACCGACUCGGAAAUAGUCCUAGGCUACCUUAACAACGACGCUCGCCGUUUCCAUGUGUAUGUCGGCAAUCGUGUGCAGCACAUCAGAGAUCAAAGCGAGCCAGAACAAUGGUACCACGUGCCAGGAAAAGAAAACCCAGCAGAUGAAGCAUCUAGAGGAAUGACAGCCGCACAACUUAUCGAAAAUAAGCGUUGGUUCAGCGGACCACAGUUCCUUUACGAGAACCCCACACCAAGCAACCAGAAGCCGUCAUCUCAGCUAGAUCCAGACGAUGCUGAGUUACGCAAAGAAGCCUCUGUCCUCUCAACUAGUACCACUAUGCGUACACAGUACUUAGAUACGAAGCACUUCUCACACUCGUCUUCUCUACUGCGCCUCAAGCACGCAAUCGUUCGCAUCCAACGGAUGAUAGAGAGACUACGCCCAAACAAGACACACAACUGGCGACCGACAAAUGGCGCGUCUACAGUAAAGGAGCUAUGGGAAGCAGAGAAGUGUCUAUUCAAGACUGCACAAGCCACCACUUUUGAGAACGAAAUAGAUACACUGCAAAGAAUGAAAGGAAACAAUAGCAAGUUCGAAGAUCGCAAAAGCGCGCGCGAUCGCAACAACAUCAUCAAAGCCACCAGCAAUAUCUACAAGCUAGACCCGUUCAUAGACGACGAAGGUCUACUACGAGUUGGUGGUCGUCUUAGAAAUGCUGAAGAAGAAUACCAACUAAAGCACCCUCUUAUCCUACCAAAAGAUCAUCACGUGACUACUGCUAAGGACGGACAACACAAGUGCUUCGAGCGUCCCGUCCACAAGCUUAUCAUGCUAUUAGCAAGGGAAGAUUAGUCAGCUUAGUCCAAGACACAAUGAACACUUUCCAAAUUUCAAGAUAUAAAGGACAUUCUCAGUAAUUCUUAUAUAGCUAAAAUAUACCAGCUUCAUUUAUAACAAGCAAACAACCAUAAAUCAAAUUUAGGCUAUCAAUUAGUAAUUUUCAAUCAACAAAUCAUAAUUUCCUUAUCAUUAUUAAUUAAACAAAAAUAAGCAAUCAGCUAGCAUCGCAAUUCAAUGCUUAGAAUAUAAACAUCUUUUAUGCAAUUUAUACUUUAUUUUCUUAAUAAAUGUAGGCACAUUUAGGGAAGCAGUGUAACGGCAUCCGCAUGCCAUGGAUAACCCCUUAGUUAUUUUUAGUCAUCUCAUUACGUCACCAAUCAAUGUAACGCUAGCGAUCACGUGACCUUAGCUUUAUAAAUGCAGCAAACUUGUAAAGCCCCUAAGGCUCACAGAAAUUCGACGGGUUCACACGGGUUUAAGUUAGCGCCGCCCUAGGCCAAACUCGCUGUAAAGCUUACCAAGUUCUUACACGCAAUAAAACCCUAGCCUUGUGGAA